UGAACCAGCCUUUUCACAUGUCAAUUGCCAUCUUUAUUUUCAAAACAAUAGAAGCAAAAUCUUUAAGGCUAUAAGAAGCAGAAUCCAAGAAUAUUGUGCAUCAACUUACAACAACUUGUUAGCCAAUUGUUUUCAUUAAAAGAAAAAUGGCUAGGAAGCCAAAGCAAGUUCCUACUUUCUUCAAGGUUUUGCUUAGUGAUUUCAUGGAGAAACUUAAAAUUCCACCAGCUUUUGUGAAAAAAUUCAAGAAAAUCAUGCCCAAGGCACCAACUUUAAAGCCAAACGAAGGAAAAUCUUGUGAGGUAACGAUCGUUAACGAAGGCGAUAGCUACUUUUUCAAGCGUGGAUGGAAUACAUUCGUGAAAAAUCAAGGUUUAGAAACGAGCGAUUUUCUUGUUUUCAAUCUUGUUGAUGAGAUAACUUUUCAAGUCGUAAUUUAUGGUAGAACUGGCUGCGAGAAGGAUGUGAAAGUAGCUUCUGAUAAUGAAAGGGUCAAUGAUAGUUCACAAUCCUCUGCUUCUUCUGCAGAAGAAGAAAUCAAGAUCAAGAAACAAGGUUUCAAAAGACGUGGCAGCCCUCUUCCCUGUAGGUUCAAGACGCCUCAAGCUUCUGCAAGAACAGCUGACAAAGACAAAGUAACUGAAACAAUAAGAUCUUUGAAGCGGAAGAAUCCAUAUUUUGUAGCAGUGUUGAAGAAGUACCAAAAAUACAAUUUGGUGAUGCCUAAAGAUUUUGCAAACAAGACAAAGCUUGUUAGCAAGGAGGAAAUUGUAAUGAAGGAUCCAAAAGGAAGGUCAUGGCCAGUUAAAGUGAACAUACUAGUGGUUCAAAGAGGAUGCCAGGUGCGCUUCGGUUUGGGUUGGAGUCAGUUCUAUGGAGCUAAUGAGCUAGCUACAGGAGACACCUGUGUAUUUCACUUCAUAGCAGAAAAGGGUAAUCUAAUUGAAGUUGAGAUUCAUAAAGAAGGAGUCAGAGGUGUUAGAACUGGACCAGCUAAGUCACUGUCAUCAGUUAAAUCUGAACUGAUAUAAACCAUCAGUUAAUGAAACCUUCUUGCUAGUUUACAAGUGCCAUUCAUAUAAUCAAUCUAUUACUUAAUUAGUUUCAGAAAGCCGUGUUCUUGAUGGGUUAGAUUUGUUCAAACUCAAGUCUAAUUAGUUUCUAAAUAUGAAGGUGAUGGCCAUUUCUGUGGCGUCAUAUUUGAUAAGAGUGCUUCAGAGAUAACGUGUCCAUGACAGUAUCUGCGCUGUGGAGUGAAAUCAUGAGCCUCCAAGAGAGAAACUGAGAACGAUGUUUCUGUUGAAGUCUCAGGCAUAUAUAUAAGUAUGGAGCUGAAAUGUACUUGAAAAUAGAAAAAUAGAAUUACAGUCCUCGAGAUUGUCCCUUUCUCUCCAGCCUGUUCUUUCUCACUUCUGCGAGUUGAGAAGCGCUUGCUAUUUUAUAAUUUUCUUAUUGAUUUGUAAUUUGAAAUCAUUAGUAUUUUUUUUAUUUAUUUGACUGUUGCUUAGCAUUAA